GUUCCCAUUUGUCAUACGUAUUUUGACGAUCUGCCAACCGUUUAGCUCCGUAUCCACCGUACAGCUUUGAAGUGAUGAAGUGUUUGGUAGUGUUACUGUUGGCCUGUGUGGCCGUGUGUUGCGCGCAGAAGUUUAUUCCCAACAAUAACGUUCUGACCUGUUUCCAGCAUAUGGAAUGUGGUAAAAAUGAAGUCUAUCGGUGCUGUGGCAUGUGUUUCGAGCAGACGUGUACGGACCAAUCGAGGGACAAGGAAUGUCAGCACCGGUGUUACAAGGGAUGCUACUGCCAGAAUGACUACACACGCAAACGGGAGGGCGGUUUCUGCGUUCCGGACAAGGAAUGCCGAUCGGUGGUUAGUGGUUAGGCGGCUCGAUGCAUCUGAGAACCGGAAUUCGCCAUUCGAUUGCAGUACAAUAAAUGAAGUUGGUGAAUAAUAAA